ACUGAAGGAGUGCGCCCACUAAUUAUGAACGGAGAUGUUCAUUUUUUCUUCCCAUCACACAAACUAUUUUUCUAUUAAAUGUUUUAAAUCGACCAGAUUGUUGGUAUUUCUGCAAGAGACACUGGGAUAAAGAGAAUAUUGUGUAUUGGGAAAAUCUGUUUAUUUCCAAGCUCUAUUAAAGGCAUUUGAUGACUGAUUUUGAAGGAUUGUCAUUGCCUUAGAAAAAAUUGUCGCCAAUAGCCAAAGGCCCGUUAGAUCAAGCAGGGGACAUUAAAACACUGUGGCAGAAACACAGAUAUAGUAUCCAGAUAGAUAGAUAGCACCAGCCCAGGUUAACACAACCAGAACAAGAAACAAUGCUGGAAAGGCCAUGUGAAACGCUAAUGGACACACUCCAAUAAACACCCUUGUACUGUGGGGUGUAUUGGGUAGAGCGAUCGGAAACUGGACAUUAAACAUCUGGAAGACAAUAAUGAUCAUUAUCAAUUGAAUGAUGCCCCAGUAUAUAUGUUUGUACCUUUUAGGAUAAAUGCUCAGUUGAGUAAGAACUAUCCUGUAUGUCAUUUGGGGUAAUUUCAGUAGGAGUGAAAUUUGGAAACUUUCAUUUUAAAUUUUUUUCCCUCUCUGCUGAUGAAGGUUUCAGAGCUGUAGCCUCACACAGGGGGAUCGAGUUUGUUUUGAAUUAGCACAGGGAUUUAUUUUACAACCAGAUGUAAACUAAUUAAAUUAAGUUGAAAACUUGAGGAUUUUUUGUGUGCAAACUAUAACAUUAUAGCCAUGAAGUCUGCUAGCAUUCAGAGGAUGUGUUUUUUCGGGACAGUGCUUCUUCUCGCCUGUGGUGAUUUCGUUUUUGGACAAGAUGUGGUGUUUCAUCUCCUGGAGGGGGACCAGCUAGGGAGGGAAGUCGGAAAUGUGGCAGAUGAAGCAGGCCUCAACAACAUUGCAGGGGAACAGGACUUUGCUCACCUACGAUACAGUUUCCUCACAACACAGACCCCUCAUUAUAAUUAUUUCAGCAUUAAUAACCAAACCAGUGUUUUAACAACCAAUCAAGCCAUCGAUCGUGAAACACUGUGUGAAUUCACCAAUGUAUGCUUCAUAAAAUUAAACAUUGCUGUCCAGUCUAUGAAGAGUAGCUUCUUCCAGAAGGUGUCCGUUUCUGUCUAUAUCGAUGAUGUCAAUGAUAACCACCCUGUCUUUGAUAAACCAGUCAUUGAUCUACAGAUUUCAGAAUCCGUUCUUGUAGGAACUUCAAUCACGAUUGACGGAGCUCGAGAUGCGGACACCAGCGAUAGAUACUCACUUCAGAGUUACGAAGUCAUGCCCAAUGACACACCAUUCGAAAUUAACUUUCAGAAGAAAUUAGAUGGCACAUCAAUCGUCAGGAUGAUUGUGAAAGAAGCAUUAAAUCGAGAACAAAGGGACAAUUACCAUUUCAGUGUGGUUGCCAGAGACGGGGGAUCACCCCCUCUAAGUGGUACUCUCAAAGUCAAUAUCACCAUCUCCGAUGUCAAUGAUAAUUCGCCCAAAUUCUCUCAGUCUGUCUAUUACAUUGAAGUCAAAGAAAGUGUCAAUGUGUCGUCCGUAAUUCUCACUCUGAGGGCCACUGACCUGGAUGAUGGGAAAAAUGGAAAGGUAUUUUAUCGCCUGAGUCCUCAUCAGUCGGAGACUGUACUGACAUCGUUUGCUAUUGACAAUUCUACUGGUGACUUGUCAGUGAUAAAACCACUGAAGUAUGUGAAGGGGGAACAACACGUGAUUAUCGUGGAGGCUAGUGAUUUCGGGGACCAACCUCUUACGUCACAGGCUCUUGUUAACGUGACUGUCUUGGACGUCGGAAAUAAUCCACCAAGCAUCAACCUUAAUCUCCUCUCCUCCGAUUCUCUCGCCAAAGUUUCCGAGUUUGCCAGUAGGGGGACUGUGGUGGCCCAUAUUGCUGUCGAUGAUCCGGAUACGGGGAAAAAUGGAGAGAUCAUGUGUACCAUUGACAAUCCCGCCUUCGUACUGCAGAGGCUCGAAAACAAAGAAUUCAAGGUGACCGUGGACAGAGCAUUGGACCGAGAGCUUUACCAGCAAAUCCAUGUGACCGUCUUCUGUAAGGACAGUGGCAUGCCACCUCUGAACACCUCUGAUAGCUUCUAUGUAGAAAUCGAGGAUGAAAAUGACAAUGCUCCGAUAUUCGACUUAUCAGUUUACACUGCAGGGAUCAUGGAAAACAACAAUGUCGGAGAUGUCAUCGUUCAUGUUCAAGCCAAUGAUGCUGAUGACAAAAAUAAUGCAGAUCUUCUUUAUUCUCUCAGUGAAAGUAAUAAUGGCAUGUUCUACAUUGACGAGAAGAGUGGCAUUAUUCGUACACAGGCAAGACUGGACAGGGAGAAUGUAUCCUCUUACUCCGUCAUAGUGAUUGCACGGGACCAAGGGGAUCCAGCUUUGUCGGGAUCAGCUACAGUAAUUAUCUCGGUUCUCGACAAAAAUGACAAUGAACCCAUGUUCAAUCAGUCACGUUAUACUUUUACAGUCAACGAAAAUGCUCCUGCCGGGUCACAAGUUGGAAUCCUAUAUGCAACAGACCAGGAUGAAGGUGAAAAUGCAGUGAUCACAUUCACUGGUCCAGAUUCCGUUCCAUUUACAAUAUUUCCAGGCGGCUACAUUAAGACGGACCGCGUGCUGGACAGAGAAGUUCAGAAUCGUUACGAGUUCAUCGCUAGAGCCAGAGACAAAGACCAUGAAGCCACAGCAGUCGUAACAAUCCAUCUCAACGAUAAAAACGACAACAGACCGAAAGUUACCUCCCCUAGUCAACUCAACAACACAGUGUAUGUGGACAAACAUACAGAGGUCAACACCAUGGUUACCAUUAUCAGAGCCUACGAUUUGGACUCCGGCAUCAAUUCUCAACUCAUUUAUGAAAUUGUUGGAAGGAAUGACUCUGGACAUUUUGACUUGCAUCCAGAUAAGGGACAAGUAUUUCUAAAGCGCAGUCUAGAGAACAAUAUUGGAACUUCCUUUAGGCUGGAUAUUCUGGUGUCUGAUAUGGGACACCCAGUGCUAUCUACCCCAGCCACCCUCAACAUUAGGGUCCUCACCUCCAACACUGCUGCUUUGGUGGAACCCAAGUCCAGCAACAUCCUCAUUGUUGCCAUCCUUGUGUCUGUGACAGUUGUUAUUUCAUUGGCCAUCAUUGUCAUCAUAGUCUUUAUCAGGAGAAGUGAUAGGCAAAGGAGAAACCAAGGACAAGUCAAUGAGAACUUUUAUAAGGGUGUUGUAGAGAACACAGCUACUGUGUUUGCAGCCCCUAGUGAAGAGUCCAUCUCUGAGAAGAAGAAAAAGAAAGGGGUCAGCUUCUCUCUGGAAAAUGGUGUGGACAAGGUGUCAGAGGUCACGACCCAAGGUCAAGAGUUUAUGUACGACAAUGACAUGGAGAGGAAAGUGGAUGACAGUCACAGUUUAGGAUCGGCCAGUGACAGCGGGCGGGGGGGAUCGGACGACGAACUCAACUCAUCACGGACCCACAAUAACUCAGGUGACAUUCAUUCCACGAAAAAAGACUGGUACCUUCACCACCAGAGAUCCUACGACGCCCCGAUGCAGACAUUCCUUCCCCCCACUAACCCACCCUCCUAUCACCUCCUGCCCCACCCAGGGGGAAGUCAAAAUGGCCGCCAAAACUACCAGUACUCAGAUUCCAUGGAUCCGGGUCCAUCGGAUGCUUCAUUGAGGACAUUUCAUGGGAGAACUAUGUCAUAUGAUACAAACUCUUCCUCUGAGGGACUAAAUCAGAAUGGUGGUCCUUCUGAUUGUGUUGUAUGACUAAAUCAGAAUGGUGGUCCUUCUGAUUGUGUUGUAUGACCCUAUCACACUUCUGCAAAUAAAAACACAAAGAAACACUAAUUUGCUAACAAGUGCUAGGGUGACUCCCAAUUAUAUAUUUUUUUGUUGGUUGAUUCACAAAUCAUUCAGGGUAAUUCAUACCUUUGGAAAGGAGUUCUCAAAGAUUCUACAAAGAAAACCCCUUUUAACAUUAUAGCUAAACUGUUUACUCAUGUGAUUUCCAAAGUGAAAUUCUCAGCAGAUUGAGAUAACUAUAAAAAAACAGAGUUAGACAAUUGAUCUGAGUAGAUAUCAGGGGAUAAGUGAUUGAAGCUCUUCCAGCCUGUAGAGACAAGAGGAAGGAAUGCUGAUUCCCCUGUCAAGUCACUCAGUGCCCCAGGGAGGAUGCCAGCCCAUCUCUUUAUACUCCAUUACUUUGGGCCCUUCUGGUUUACUGACAAGAUUUUUUCAUGCCACAGAGGGGAAAAGAACUCAGAAAUCUACAUGUUGACAUGUAAAGGGGAAUAACUCUUGAAAUGUGAUCUCAGUGAUUUUCAAGGACAGACACAAAACACAAUGGUGCCAAAUUCUGUUUUUGCUUUUACAUGUAUUUUUUAUUAUUCCUAGACCAAAUAUGGGAUUGUUUUGUUGUACAUUUAAUGUAACAUGAGAUAAAUGGUGAAUAAAUGUAUUCACUGCGAGAGCAUUUCCUAUGACAAUGUAUGUGGUGUAUGUGUGCUAAAUGUGAGGUUCGUUGGAUUGAUUGUAAUGAGGUGUAAGAAAUGUGUCCAUAACUGCAAAAUAUUUACCAUGGCAGCACAUACUGGUAUGCAUUUUGUAUUGAUAUAACUGCCUGAUAUGAGGUUAAUGAUAAUAAAAUAUAUUUUUAAAAUAUGA